AAUUCAGUUUAAAAUCCUAUCUGGUACAUAUUGUGUUGGAUAAUUACAAAUUAUUCAACAUUUCCAAGGGUACGUUGUUUAGACCAACAAAACGCCACAUCAUUGACUUGACGAAAGCGGAAGUGACGUCAGGAGGGCGGUUUCGCAAACCACUGACGGCCGGAAACACAAACUCAUCUCGAGUCAUCUGGCACCAGUGGCAAUUUUUGCACAUUUUCUGGAAGGUGGAUGUUCCUUUGUCAUCCGGAAAUAUUUAACAUUUACGUAUUUUUCUUCAGUCCCGAAUCCAGCGGUUCCAGGCUUCGUCCGCGCGACACAUAGUUGUUGGUCUUUUUUUUAAAAAAAUUUAAUGUGUUUUUACUUUUUGGUUGGUAAGUUAGCUUGAUAGCUAGCUCGCUCAUGGCGUGCUGAAAAGUAAUAACCUUAGCGCUUUAUACACACAGAUAUAAAAGAAAACAACUCAAGUAAGAAUGGUGUUUUUUCUAAGUAACUAAAGGGCGUGGUGCUGAGGAAUAAACCACCAUGGAUUUCGAAAAUGUGCUGUCCAUCGCCUCCCAGAACCAGGGCCUCAGCAACGUACCGGCGACGAAACGGUACAGUUUGCAGGCUGGACCUGCAAAGCGACAUCCCAAAGUGAAAGGUGUCGAAUCGGCUGCGGUGCAGGCCUUCUUGAGGAGAAAAAAUAUGGAACAAAAACAGAAAGAGAUGGAAAGUAAACGGCGAAAAGAGGAACUUCUGGCAAGGCGAGUGGAGCUGAAGUCAGACAGGAAAGCUCGUGCAAUGGCAUCUCGGACGAAGGACAACUUCAAGGGCUACAAUGGCAUCCCUGUGGUAGAUCAGGUGAAGAAGAGGCAGUCGAAGGGCCUAGCGGUUGAGGAGAGCACAGGGGACUUUGAUGAGGAUAAUUAUGAAUAUUCGCAAACAGACUCUGAUGCGGAGCCAGAGCCCACAAAGUCUUACUAUGAAGGGUCAGAUAAACCCCUCAAGAAGAUGCCUUCCAAGAAGCCAUCUGUUCCAGCCAAGGCUGCUCCUCCACCCAUGAACUUUUCAGACCUCCUGAAACUGGCGCAGAAGAAGCAAUUUGAGCCUGUCGAGUUGAAACCGAAAAAGAAAACGGAAGAGCGGCUUCGGACUGCUGAGGAGCUGAGGGAGCUGGAAAUGGAAAGGAAGGCAAAGCGGCCAGACAAGGGGAAAGAGAGCAAGGCAGAAAAGGAGCCUAAACUGCAGGCCAACCUGAGUGCCUCCAAGAAGAGUUUUCCAGACAAAGAAGUGAGGAAUGGGAAAACUCUCAAAAGCUCGUCGGAGAAGCUCAGGUGCAGCGGACCAGGGAAGCAGCCAAAGCCUCCUGGGUCCCAUGAGAGAGUUCACAGCACUGCCAAGGUGUCUCAGGGAGACAAACAUGCAUCAAGCAGCUCCAGCUCCUCAGGUGCCUUAAGUGGUAAAACUGCAGCCAAAUCCAGUUCUCAGGCCUCCAGCAAGCUGUCAGGUCCGAGGUUGUCUUAUGGUCCAAAGCCUGUCUCCGCUAGUGACCUUACUCAAAAGAGAAGGAAUCCACCCUUACCUCCAGGCAAAAGUGGCAGUUCUGCUUCUCGCCUGGGUACCACCCCCAACCCAGCACCUUCUUGGGUGGCAGUAACAAGCCAGUCACGGCUUGGAAGUAGUGGAGCGGUGAGGCCCAGUGUGGGCAGUGCUAGCAGUGGUUUGGUGCGCCAGAACUUGUCUGGCGGAAGCAAUAAAGUGGUCAGACCUACUCUUGGUAGCUCAGGGGAAACGUUAUCGACACGACCAAGAAAGGGGGAGCCUGCCAGAUCGGGUGUGACGGUCCGUCCUGGUAACAACGGCCAGCUGCGACCAGUUUCUGGUGGUCCUCUGCAGAUGCGGCCUGGAGGCAGUUCUCUGGCUCGCCCAGCUAUUGGCGGAAAUCAUCCUGCUCCGAAUGGACCUGGAAGGCCAGGAAGUGGUGUGGGGCGCCCGGUGACCGCCAUGUGCUCCGCUCCCACCAAACCCAAAUGCACAGUAGUGGCUGAGACCAUCUCCUCUAAAAAUGUAGCACCCAGACCUGGAAUGGCCCCGAGACUUCCUCCGGGACACAGACCCAUGAUGAGGCCUCCGGGCACAAUGCUGCCACCAAUUACAUCCAGCUAUAAACGGAAGUAUGAUGACGAGGAGUACGACCCUGAAAUGGAGGAUUUCAUCGAUGACGGAGGAGAAGAUCAAGAUGAAAUCUCAAAACACAUCAGGGAAAUCUUUGGCUAUGAUCGGACCAAAUACCAAGAGGAGAGUGACUAUGCACUGCAGUUUAUGGAAAGCAGCUGGAGGGACCAACAGAAGGAGGAAGCAAGGAGUUUACGAUUGGGUAUCAAAGAGGAUGAGGAAGACAUGCGCAUGGAAGAAGAAGAGAGGAAGAAAAAGUUGGCGAUGAGCGCCAAACGAAAGCGAAUGUGAUGUAACCUAUCACAAUGGAAGAAAAAGGGGAACAGCUGCUUUUGCAUUUUCCGUUACACUAUUUAUUUCUGAAAAAGAGGCACAGGUUUGCACUAUCAGGAGUUUCUCUUUCAUGAUAGAGCUGCAUUGAAAUAAACUAUAAUAUAUAUGUAUAUUAUAGAUUCUAAAGAUUCAUUUUUUACCUACAAAAUAAAUCAUGAUGUAAUUUAUGUACAUUUAGUUGCCGUACUCCAGAGGACAGCAACUGCAUCAUAUUUUUGUGGUACAGAUUAGAAAUGCGUGGCUGGUAGCCUAAUUGUUCUAGUUUUAUUAAUGAGAUUAAUUUGAGUGACAAAAGAUAUGUUGCCAUUUUGUUAACAUGUAUUUUUCUGGCUUAAA